AUGGCCGACUCGACGACUACGUUCAGAUCCUGCUGUCUGACCUCGUUCCAGUGGGGUGGUCUGCCUUCUGGGCGCGAAGAGAAGGUGGCUGGGUUGCCGGCGUAUGUGACGGGGGAUAAUAGUGACAAGGCGGUGCUGUAUGUGCAUGAUGCGCUGGGAUGGCGGUUUGGGAAUGCGAGGCUGCUGGCUGAUCAUUAUGCGAGGGAGGAUGGCAACGCUGACAAACCCCCAGGCAAACGUGACAGUUUACCUCCCCGAUUUUUCGGCGGUGAGGUCCUCGACGCAGACGCCAUCUGUGAAGAGCGCUGGGGUGACCUGGACUUGGCCGGGUUCAGCAAACGCAACGCCCGCUCGAUCCGCGAGCCCGAGAUCUUCGCCGCAGCCAAGGAGAUCAAAUCCAAAGGCUACAUCAAGCUCGGCGCAGCGGGGUUCUGCUUUGGUGGUUGGGCUGUCUUACGCCUCGCUGCUGUCAAACUUGUCGAUGCUAUCGUCUGUGCGCACCCCAGCUGGGCCACGAAUGAAGACUUUGAUGGUGUGGAAGUGCCGGUCAUAUUGCUGAGUCCGGAGCAGGAUGGUAUGUUUUCGGAUGAGAUGAAGGAGUAUGCUUUUAAGACGCUGCUUGCGAAACGGAAUGUGCCGUUUGAAUGGGUUCAUUUUCCGGGCGUGCCGCAUGGAUGUUUGACGAGAGGAAAUGAAAAGGUGCCAGGCGAGAGGGAGGCGAUGGCCAAGGGGAAGGGGGCCGCAGUAAGGUGGUGGGGAGAGUGGUUGAGCUAA